CGAAGACACGCCUUGGCCGAGCAUAAAUUACCUUGGAGUCCUACGUCUGCCAUCCUACACCUCUUCCUAUGUUCUAUAAAACCCAAUGAUUCCUUCAUGCGCCACCCAGGAUAGCAGAUGACCGGACACCUCGAAAGUUGAAGCUCUGUACGAGGAUUCAACAGUGUCAUUGAUCAGCCUCCGCCUGCAUUUAGCCCUGCCACGAUUGGAAUUCCCGUUCUGGCCGGCCGUAUCUUCUCGAGAAGGCUUCGAAUAUAUCAAAGGCCUAUCCGCAGCCUUUCGAGAUUGGAGACUAGGACAGCACCAGUUUCAAUGAUGUCGCCCCUGAGACUUACAAUUGAGGACGGCCACUUCCGCGAUUCCCACAGAAGACAAGUAACACUGCGUGGAAUCAACGUUGCAGGAGACGCAAAGUUCCCGAGCAAUCCAGAUCAGCCUUCUCAUGUCCCCGAGGACUUCUUUGACGGAGACAACGUCAAUUUCCACUCGCGACCAUUCCCGCAGGAAGACGCCCACCUCCACUUCUCUCGACUAAAACGCUGGGGUUAUAACACCAUAAGAUAUGUCUUUACCUGGGAGGCAAUUGAGUCUGCGGGCCCAGGGAUCUACGACGAAGAAUGGAUCCAGCAUACGAUUGAGAUCCUGAGACUGGCAAAAAACUAUGGCUUUUAUAUUUUCAUGGAUCCUCACCAGGAUGUUUGGUCUAGAUUCUCUGGAGGUUCUGGUGCCCCAAUGUGGACGGUCUAUGCCUGCGGGUUGAAUCCCCAAAGCUUUGCUGCAACAGAAGCUGCUCUUGUACACAACACAUACCCGGACCCAGAAAACUUCCCGAAAAUGAUAUGGUCGACAAACUACACUCGGCUGGCAUGCCAAGCAAUAUUCACAAUGUUCUUUGCGGGCCGGGACUUCACACCUAAAUGCAUCAUCGACGGGAAGAAUAUUCAAGACUAUUUGCAGGACCACUUUGUCAAUGCUGUUGCGCACCUUGCCAAGCGAAUACACGAGGCUGGGGACCUGGAAAAUGAGGUUGUCAUUGGCUACGAGAGCAUGAACGAGCCAAACCGUGGGCUGGUGGGAUGGCCUGACAUUACAGCAAUCCCCAGCGAGCAAAAGUUACAGAAAGGCACGAGUCCAACGGCAUGGCAAGCUAUCUUAACGGGCUCGGGUAGAGCAUGUGAGAUUGACACUUGGGACAUGGGUGGCAUUGGUCCAUAUAAGUCAGGACGCGUGUUGGUAGAUCCUCAAGGUGAAAGUGCAUGGCUCCCGGCCAGUUAUGACGACUCGAGAUACGGAUAUAAACGAGACCCUGGAUGGAAGCUUGGAGAGUGUAUCUGGGCUCAGCAUGGCGUUUGGGACCCGAGUACGGACACAAUCUUGAAAAAGGACUAUUUCAAGAAGAACCCACGGACCGGCGAGGUUCUCGAUUACGAGCAAUUCACAAACAUCUACUACAUGGACCAUUAUCGGAAAUACAGAGAUGCGAUUCGAAGCCAUCACAAAGAGUCCAUCCUUUUCUGCCAACCUCCUGUUUUGGAGAUCCCUCCAUCUAUCAAAGGCACCAAAGACGACGACCCGAAGAUGGUUUACGCACCUCAUUAUUAUGAUGGUAUCACCCUUAUGACCAAAAAAUGGAAUCGCUACUGGAAUGUGGAUGUUUUCGGCAUUUUGAGAGGGCGGUACUUGACCCCUGCCUUCGCCGUCAAAAUUGGAGAAACUGCUAUUCGGAAUUGUUUCAAAGAUCAACUAUCGGCCAUCCGACAGGAAGGACUAGAUUACAUGGGUAAUCACCCUUGUGUUUUGACCGAGUUCGGAAUUCCUUACGAUAUGGAUGACCAAUAUGCGUACAAGACUGGCGACUACUCCAGCCAGUCUGGUGCCAUGGAUGCGAAUCACUUUGCAAUUGAAGGCAGUUCAAUGGCUGGUUAUACCCUUUGGUUGUACAUGUGCGAGAACAAGCAUCAUUUAGGUGACCAGUGGAAUGGAGAGGAUCUGUCAAUUUUCUCUUUGGAUGAUCGGCCCCUUCCACUCUCUACAGUUCCCCCCACGCCUUCGAAUGGAUCUACUUCCAGCCUAGUGCAAAAACCUGGACCUGGUAUCAAGAGAGAGCUCUCGGCCGAGUUGAACGUAAAUCCUGGGAAUUUGAGACAGAACCUCAAAACACCCUCGAUUUCUUCGAAGACGGCCGAAGAAGCACCCGAACUGAGAAACGCACCCGGCUUCCGAGCAGCCGAGGCAUAUGUCCGACCUUCGCCAAUUGCAACCGUGGGAAAGAUUCUCCAUUCUGGAUUUGAUCUGCGGAAUUCUAUCUUCUCAUUCGGCCUGCACGCCCAUGAAGCUAGCAAAGAACACGCACCUACAGAGAUAUUUCUUCCCGAGUUUCACUUCCCAAAAGAGCAAUGUGAGGUCGAGGUCACAGCAGGGAAGUGGACGAUCAGCACUGACGAGUCUGAUGGUCAUAUGAUUCAAAGACUUCGAUGGUGGCAUGUGGAAGGAGAGCACCAUAUUAAAGUUACUGGCCAGAAACGGCAGUACGCUCUUGGGAAAGAAGAUGAAGAGGGGUACUUGGACCAGUGCCAGCAGAGUAAAUGCUCAGUUAUGUAGAGAUGAAACGGGUUACGAUGCAACGAUUCUGCAUAUCAUUUUUUUUGGCGCUAGGGAGCAUCACAUUGCUGCUGGAUGAUGCAUGGGUUCAGCGUGGCUGCUUCAAAUAUGCCCUCCGAGCAAUUGGAUCAGGUUCUAGGAAUAUAAACAGAUUGUAUAAUACCAUCUUGUAAUAAUGACAGCU